AUGGCAACAGAUUCAGAAGAAAUAUCCUAUGUAUCCCUUAAAUACAAUAAACAUUUUAAGGUCAAUACAAUUGGAGAAGACAAAAAUCCAACAUACCCUAAAACAUGGUUUGCUGAGAAAAAGUCUAAACCUGUAUUAACAUUUCCCAAAAAUUCAACAACUCAUCAAGAUUUGCGCAACAUAAUGAAGGGGUCAUUAAAUAACACUGUAGAAGUUGCAGCGGUUUUAGCUUAUGCACGUUAUAUAUUAGCGGGAAUUGAAGAACGAAUAGAUGGUAAAUGGGAAUCAUAUGGAGUAGUUAUUGGAGAAGAUCGAAAAAUUACACCAUUGGAUUUGGUCAAAAUUGAAGAGGUUGAGACAACCUUCAGUAGUACUAUUGUUUCUGUAAAUGCAACAGAGGAUGAGGAUAGGUGGAUAAUGACUCUUAUCACAGGUGUAUAUCGUGUAGAGUGGGCAACUGAUGAAACUUACAAGCGAAAUCUCAUGAAUACAAUAACUAAUAUGGCAAAAAGUCAUGGAAUGCCUGGAACACAUUUUCCAAAUCUUGUUUGUUCCAAUAAUCGAGGCUGGGUCUCUUCAUCCGAGCAUCGAAAGUUGAUGGCUUUAAUUGAUAUGUUUUUCUUCCGAUACGAUCAAAAUGAAUGGGCAUUUCUAAGAACAGGAACAAUAGGGUCUCGAUUCAAAGAUUGUGCAGCCCUGCUCACUUAUAAUUACGCUUCAUCCUUGAUUGGUUUGACAAAUCAAGGCGAUCUAUUGCUAUGGAUUUUUGAUAGUACACUGGCGGAGGAAGCUGUUCGAUUAUUUGAGGAAGGAGAAGAAUAUGGUCUACAAUAUUCAUACUUUCCAUAUCAAGUAGACUUUGGAUUGUGUACAAGAAGUGCAUACUCUGCAAGGAUGAACCCCGCAAUACAUUGUUUCGGUAACAUAAUUGGUGCUAUGAUGGCUCAAAUGAGAAGCUUCAAUGCUCGGAUGAUCUUACAAGCAAACGUGAAAGACAUUAUAUCGAAUGCGCAGUUGUUGGGAUUUGUUUUUGCCACACGUACUGAACGAAAUAUUCAAUUUCUAAAACACAAUGAUCCAAAGUUGGAAAAAGGAGUAGAAUCAUAUGGUAAAAAACCAGAUACAAACAAGGACUCUGAUGGCUCUGACUCUGAGAGUAAUCCAAAUGAAUCAAUUAUGCCUAGUGGACCGGAUCCUUUAGAGUGGUUUACCUGGUAUGACCAAAUAGAUGGUAAACCAAACAGAGAGAUGCGGAAAUUCCUCAAGCAAGUCCAAGACAGUAUCCAGAAUGUUAGACCUGGAUCCAUAGGAGAAACUUGUAAAGGACCCCUAUUCUUGCAAGAUAUUUGA